ACACUUUUAUUGUUUUAUUCAUUUCAGGAAAAACCAUUUCAUCAACUUUGCAUCUUCUUAGAACAGUAGUUUUCCAAAAUGAUCAACAAAUUUGAUUGAAAAUCUAGAUAAAUAAGAGUUAAGUUAGAAUGAUAUCCAAAAGAUAUGACCACCUCCUGCGACUCUUGCUGGUCGGUGAAACUGGAGUUGGUAAAACUUGCCUACUGUGUAGGUUUGCAACAGAUGAUUUUAUGGAAUCUCAUAUUUCUACAAUAGGUAUAGAUUUUAAAAUGAAGACCAUUGAUUUAGAUGGAAGGGUAGUCAAGGUUCAGAUUUGGGAUACAGCAGGUCAGGAGAGGUUUGAGGCAAUCACAAAACAGUUCUACAGAAGAGCACAGGGUAUUUUAUUAGUGUUUGAUAUAUGCAAUAGAAAAUCCUAUGAAGCAAUACCAAAAUGGCUUGAGAAUGUUAGACAGUUUUGUAAAGAGAAUGUUGUAGUAACUUUGAUUGGUAACAAAAGUGAUAGAGUAGAUGUGAGACAGGUGACAGUACAAGAAGCACAAACUUUUGCUGAUGAAAAUAACAUUAAUUUCUUUGAAGUCAGUGCCAAGCAUAGGAACAAUGUUGAAAAGCCUUUCCGUGAUAUGUGUCAUGAUAUUUUGACAGUAGUUGAACAAGAAGGAGAACCAGACAAGGAAAAUACCAGUAUCUUGAUUGACUCUCAAGCUCAAACUGCUACCCAUAAUGCAUCACAAGCUAGUGUAGUCAGCCAGGAACCAGAAGAUGCGUCAGCCAAUCAGAAUCAAGGAAACUGGUGCUGCAGUAUAUCUUGAGACAGUAAAACUGUUUUAGUCAGUCAAUAAAUUUAGAACAAAGAGCCAUAAAAUAAAUAUUGUAUAAUGGCGGGAAGUCAAUUCCUAGUCAAGGGACUGAACUCUGAUCAGGAUCCUUUAUGUUAUUUCAUUCUUUUUCUUUUAUUACUCGUGUUUUAUUAGUAACGAAUUUAAUUUUCAAUCAAAUUGAAAUGAAUGUAGGUCAGAUAUGAAUGAUUUUAUGUUACUUUAUUUUAUAUAACCCUGAAAUUAUAACAUGGUAAUGUAUAUUAUUUAGUCUUCUUAGCGGUUAUUUUUAUAAUUCAUUGAUUGGAUGACAUGAGUAGGGCAUUUGUCUGUUUUAUGACAAUAAAUAAUAUGACUCCCUCAAGAAAUGAGAAAUAUUUAUCUGUUGCAUUGAGGUUGCAAAAGUCCAUUGAUCUAAAUUCAAGGGAAAUAAAUAUGUGUGCACAUGUAUUUAUUCUAAAUUUUAUGCAUUUAACCAAAAGCAAUAAGUUUUCACUAAAAGUGAAACAGGUGGCAUCUAACUGAUAAAUCUAGACUUUUGUCAAGUUAUAUACAUGUACAUAAGACUUGUAUGGGCAUUUAUUUAUUUUUUAUGAGUUUUUUUUUUAAUCAUUUUAGGUGGAGAAUUGUAUUUUAUAUUCUAACUUGACUUUAUUGAGCUUGACUAUAUCCUAAAUACCCUUGUGUCAGCAUAAACAUUUGGUUCAGGUUGUGGUUGUUGGCCAAGGUAAUCACUUUAAUCUGAUGACAUCUUUUGAAACAUUAAUCAAGGUCUUUUUCCAAGACCUGUAUGUCCAGAAUGGACUUAGACUGAAUAGCAGACAUUUGUUAUUCCGGGUUAUAGUUUUAUAAGUAUACAGGUUAAGAUUUUGUGUGCAAGCUGUAUCUGCACAUCCACUGAAACUCUUCCAUGUCCUCAUUGAAAUGAUAGUUCACUGAUGAGCAAGACAUGUAGCUGACCAUAGCAUAAAUGUUUUACUAUAUUACCUCUGUGUGUUAAAUUUCUGCUUGGCACUUGUUUUGUUAUCAAUCACUGAUAGUAGUUGAGAUUUAGGUUUGACUGGCAGAUCAAAUAUACAAAUAUAUGUCUUCUUAAAUGAUAUGUGGUAAAAACAAAUGAUGCUUAAAAAGAAAGAGAUCUGUGUCAGAUUUGAAAUGGGAAAACUUGAAACUGGAGUCACACUUUAUAGUAGAGCUGUUCAGAGAUGUUCUGGUUUAACAUAUGCAAAUGUCCAAAGUUGGUUUAAUUGCAUAUUUUCAGUGAUAUAUUCAAGUUGAAUGUUUAGUUGACUCACCAAAUACUACAUGAACUAGAUAUUUUUUCAAUAAUUAACCUGGUACUCAUAAAUAAAAUAGGUCACUGUAUGAGGUACAUAAUCUUUAUUGGACAUAUGAUCGAGUUUCCAUGCCAAAUACAUUAAAAAUAUCAUAAUGAUUUUAACAUAUCUGAUAAUGGUCAUGAAUUUAAUAAGUCACAGAUCUGUGUCAUUAAAUAGCAUACACAUCUUCUUGUUUAUAUGCAAUUAUUCAAAAUUAUACAGUAAAUUGUACAUUGUAUAUAUUCUCUUAUUUUUUUUAUCUUGAUUAUGUCAAUAUAUUUUGUUAUCUAUUUUUUUAAUGUAAACAAUGCAUGAUAUAAAGCAGCUAUUUUAUUCUUGGAUAUAUUUUGUAAUUUUGUUUUAUAUUUGAAUUCAGGAAAAUUGAUAAAAAAUCAAACUUUGUCUUGUCCUAUGAAUGAUUUUUCAUAAAUUUCACCAAAAAAUGUGCUAUUUCUUUGAUGACAGCUUUAUAGCAUAUGAUAUGCUUAUCAUUAGUAAUUUUAAUUGAUUUAAACUGAUAGUUAAGCUGAUAGCUAUGUAGAUAAACAAUAAUAUAUUGUUUUUAGCUCACCUGUCACAAAGUGACAGGGUGAGCUUUUGUGAUCGCUUUUCGUCCGGCGUCCGGCCGUCCGUCGGUUGUCCGUAACUUUAACUUUAAAUGACAUCUUCUCAUAAACCACUAGGCCAAUUUCAUCCAAACUUUACAAGAAUGUUCCUUUGGUGGUCACCUUUAAAAAUUGUUCAAAGAAUUUAAUUCCAUGCAGAACUCUGGUUGUAAUGGCAACCGAAAGAAAAAACUUUAAAUAUCUUCUUUUAAAAAGACCCUAAGAGCUAGAGCUUAGAUAUUUGGCAUGAAACAUCUUCUAGUGAGUGUCUACCAAGUUUGUUCAAAUAAAAGCUCUGGGGUCAAAAUUGGCCCCGCCCCAGGGGGUCAUUGAUUAUCCCUAUAUGCAUAUAGUAAAAACUUAAAAAAUCUUCUUUUAAAAAACCCUAAGAGCUAGAGCUUAGAUAUUUUGCAUGAAACAUCUUCUAGUGAGUGUCUUACAAGUUUGUUCAAAUAAAAGCCCUAGGGUCAAAAUUUGCCCCGCCCCAGGGGGUCAUUGAUUACCCUAUAUGCAUAUAGUAAAAACUUAAAAAAUCUUCUUUAAAAGAACCCAAAAAGCUAGAGCUAAGAUAUUUAGCAUGAAACAUGUUCUAAUGAGUGUCUACCAAGUUUGUUCAAACAAAAGCCCUGGGGUCAAAAUUGGCUCUGCCACAGGGGGUCAUUGAUUUUCCCUAUAUGCAUAUAGUAAAAUCUUAAAAAAUCUUCUUUUAAAGAACUCAAAGAGCUAGAGCUAAGAUAUUUACCAUCAAACAUGUUCUAAUAGGUGUCUACCAAGUUUGUUCAAAUAAAAGCCCUUGGGUCAAAAUUGGCCCCGCCCCGGGGGUCAUUGAUUUUCCUUAUAUGUGAAUAGCAAAAACUUAAAAAAUCUUCUUUGAAAAAACCCAAAUAGCUAGAGUUUAGAUAUUAAGCAUGAAAAUCUUCUAGUGAGUGUCUACAAAGUUUGUUCAAAUAAAAGACCUGGGGUCAAAAUUGGCCCCGCCCCGGGGGUCAUUGAUUUUCCUUAUAUGUGUAUAGCAAAAACUUAAAAUCUUCUUUGAAAAAACCCAAAUAGCUAGAGUUUAGAUAUUAAGCAUGAAACAUCUUCUAGUAAGUGUCUACAAAGUUUGUUCAAAUAAAAGCCCUGGGGUUAAAACUGGCCCCGCCCCAGGGGUGUCAUUGUUUUUAACUAUAUGUUUAUAGUAAAAACUUUAAAAAAUCUUCUUUUAAAAGCCCAAUGAGCUAGAGCUUAGAUGUUUAGCAUGAAACAUCUUCUUAUGAGUGUCUACCAAGUUUGUUCAAAUAAAAGCCCUGGGGUCAAAAUUGGCCCCGCCCCAGGGGGUCAUUGAUUAUCCCUAUAUGCAUAUAGUAAAAACUUAAAAAAUCUUCUUUUAAAAAACCCUAAGAGCUAGAGCUUAGAUAUUUGGCAUGAAACAUCUUCUAGUGAGUGUCUACCAAGUUUGUUCCAAUAAAAGCCCUGGGGUCAAAAUUGGCCCCGCCCCAGGGGGUCAUUGAUUAUCCCUAUAUGCAUAUAGUAAAAACUUAAAAAAGCUUCUUUUAAAGAACUCAAAGAGCUAGAGCUGAGAUAUUUAGCAUCAAACAUGUUCUAUUUGGUGUCUACCAAGUUUGUUCAAAUAAAAGCCCUAGGGUCAAAAUUGGCCCCGCCCCGGGGGUCAUUGAUUUUCCUUUUAUGUGUAUAGCAAAAACUUAAAAAAUCUUUUUUGAAAAAACCCAAAUAGCUAGAGUUUAGAUAUUAAGCAUGAAACAUCUUCUAGUGUGUUUCUACAAAGUUUGUUCAAAUAAAAGCCCUGGGGUCAAAAUUGACCCCGCCCAGGGGGUCAUUGAUUUUCCUUAUAUGUGUAUAGCAAAAAACUUAAAAUCUUCUUUGAAAAAACCCAAAUAGCUAGAGCUUAGAUAUUUGGCAUGAAACAUCUUCUAGUGAGUGUCUACCAAGUUUGUUCAAAUAAAAGCCCUGGGGUCAAAAUUGGCCCCGCCCCAGGGGGUCAUUGAUUAUCCCUAUAUGCAUAUAGUAAAAACUUAAAAAAGCUUCUUUUAAAGAACUCAAAGAGCUAGAGCUGAGAUAUUUAGCAUCAAACAUGUUCUAUUUGGUGUCUACCAAGUUUGUUCAAAUAAAAGCUCUAGGGUCAAAAUUGGCCCCGCCCCGGGGGUCAUUGAUUUUCCUUUUAUGUGUAUAGCAAAAACUUAAAAAAUCUUUUUUGAAAAAACCCAAAUAGGUAGAGUUUAGAUAUUAAGCAUGAAACAUCUUCUAGUGUGUUUCUACAAAGUUUGUUCAAAUAAAAGCCCUGGGGUCAAAAUUGGCCCCGCCCCGGGGGUCAUUGAUUUUCCUUUUAUGUGUAUAGCAAAAACUUAAAAUCUUCUUUGAAAAAACCCAAAUAUCUAGAGUUUAGAUAUUAAGCAUGAAACAUCUUCUAGUAAGUGUCUACAAAGUUUGUUCAAAUAAAAGCCCUGGGGUCAAAACUGGCCCCGCCCCAGGGGUGUCAAUGUUUUUAACUAUAUGUUUAUAGUAAAAACUUAAAAAAAUCUUCUUUUAAAAAGCCCAAUGAGCUAGAGCUUAGAUGUUUAGCAUGAAACAUCUUCUUAUGGGUGUGUGUGUGGGGGGGGGGGGGGCUAUAUACAGGUGAGCGACCUCAGGGCCAUCAUGGCCCUCUUGUUUUUUUGUGGGGGUGUUUUCUUUAUUCUGUUUAUUAGCUCGACUAUUCGAAGAAUAUGAGAGCUAUUGUAGUCGCCCCGGCGUCGGCGUCAGCGUCCGCGUCGGCGUCUGCGUUGGUUAAAGUUUUUUGUAAAGUCAAAUAUCUCAAUUAUUGCUUUAGAUAUUCAAUUGAAACUUACAAUACUUAUUUAUAGUAACAAGGUACAUCAGAUUGACAAGUUGGAUAACUCUGCCUACAAUAUUGACAGAAUUAUGCCCCUUUUUAACUUAGAAAUUUUGGUUAAAGUUUUUUUGUAAAGUCAGAUAUCUCAAUUAAUGCUUGAGAUAUUCAAUCGAAAUUUAAAAUACUUUUUUAUAGUAACAGUUUGCAAAAUUGCAUAACUCUGCCUGCAAUAUUUGCAGAACUAUUUGCCCCUUAAAUUUGAAACUUAGAAAAUUUUGGUUAAAGGUUAAAGGUCUUCAAAGAUAUUUACUUGAAACUUUACACAUGUACUUAGGGUCAUAAUUUGAGGGUCAUAAUUGUAUGUCACUGACCAAGUUCCAUAACUCUAUCCUGCAUUAAGGCUGAUCAUAUCCCCUUUUCUACUUUAAGUCUCUUGGUUAAUGUUUACAUGCAAGUUUUACAUAUCUCAAUAACUAUUAAAGAUAUUUAUUUAAAACUUCACAUAUGCAUUUAGGGUCAUAAUUGUAGGUCACUGACAAAGAUCCAUAAUUCUAUCUUGCAUUUAGGCUGAUUUUUCUCCCCUUUUUCAACUUAGAAAUUCAUGGUAAAGUUUUGCUUGUAAGCUGUUAUCUCUAUAAUUACUGAAGGGUUUGUGCCUUUUUUGGGACAAUUAUAUGCAUUCAUAAUAAUAAAGCAGUGAUUUACUUGAUAAAACAUCUUAAUAACAAGCCUUUGUACCUUUUCUGUCAAUUUUAUGUAUUCAUAGGUAAUUAGUAUUAUUAUACUCAAUAAAACACCCUUGUGACAUUACCUUCCGAAUAGUUAAGCCAAUACUGUAUAAUUAGACUGUCUCUAAGGCCUAUAACAUGAAUUUAUAAAAAAAAAUUAGCCCUUUUGUGAACUUAGAAAAUUUAACAUUAUCAAAGCUCUAAAUUUUACGUUAUCAAGGCUCUUUUACUAUCAAGCACUUAGAAUAGUCGAGUGUGCUGUCCUACCGACAGCUCUUGUUAUUUUUAUUAAUUGGGGGGGGGGGGGGUCAAUUCUUUUUUAAAGAGCAAUUUCUUAAAUCAAUCAUUUUAGAAAAAGUAACACCUUUGUUUGUGGGAAAAUUUAUUAUUCUAAUUUAAUAUCUUUCGUUUAUUUACAUGUAGAUAUGUAGGUUUUAAGCCAGAAUUUUGUCGUUUGACUUCAAUGGAGGUUUAAUUAAGUUCUCAUUUGAGACUUAAUAACUUAUGGGCUAGUAAACAUAUAGCGAAAAUAUAUAAACAUAUAUGAAAAUAAUAAUAUAUAACUUAAAGGCAAAUGAUGUAUAACAUUUACUGUUUAAUGUAACAAAAUUUAGGCAAAUUGUAACCAAAUUUAGACAAAGCUUUAUGCUAUAGGGUAAAUUUUAAGUGUUCAUGAAUAUACCCAUGUAUACUGUAUUGUUACAAAUAUAAAAAUUGAAUGUGUAGCAUUUCUGAUUAUUUGUUCAUUGAAUAUUAUUUAAAAAUAUGCAGUUAAUGUAUUUGACCUUUGUUCCUGUUUAUUUUAAAAUACACAUUUGUAAAAUAUCAUUUAGACACCAUGAAAAUAACACUUGUAAUUGUUAACAUUUGUUAUAAACCAUUUAGGCAAGAUAAAAAUAACACUUUUUGCUGUUCACAUUUUAUAUAAAUCAGUUAGGUAAGAUGAAAAUAACGCUUGUUCCUGUUCACAUGUUUAUGAAUCUAAAUUAAGCAAGAUCAAAAUAACACAUAUUAAUUUUCACAUUUGAUAUACUUCAUUGAGGCAAGUUAAAAAUACCACUUGUUAUUUGUUAUAAAUCAGUUCUUAUGCUUGUACCUGUUUGUACAUAUUUGUCACUAGUUAUUAAUAUUGAGACAAGAUGAAGACAAGUAGUUUUUUUGCCAAUUGUUUUUGCAAAAUUUAUUUCCUGUUUACAUUUGUUGAAAAUACCAGGUAUUUAGAAAAAAAGGCUUGUUUUAUUACCAUUUACAUGUAGGACAGAUUACUUAGAUUUUUGCCUUAGUAUUCACAUUCUAAAUUGUGUAAGCUUUGUUUCUUUGUAUAUUUACAAAAUUAAGGUCUUGGCAAGUGUUUAGGAAAAGUACUGAUAUUGUUGCUAUUGGUAUUGAAGACUAUACGGUCUAUAUAAGGUCUAUAAAGCAGUGAUGGUAGCAAGGUGCAGUUUAUAAAUAUUGUUUUUGAAACAUAGUAUAGAGGUAUACACAGAUAUAAGCUUUUUAUCUAUUAAUCUUAGUUAUACUUAAAGCUAGUGACAUAGUUUAAUCAGAUAACAGUGCAGAUGUCUACUGUAGAGGGUUACUUUAUUGAGAUAUUAAAAGUAGUGACCAUAGUAGAGGUCAAAUUUGAGAUUUCUAGAGCUGAGGGUCUUAUAUAUGUCAAUUGCUAGGCUGCUGCUUUCAUAAGUGACUGUUAUAUAAAGGUAAAAAUAACAUGUAAUCUAUAUUAUUUUACAUGCUUUGUACUAUUUCAGUGCUUCAGUGCAUUAUUAUGCAAUUUGCACAGACUAAGAAAAAGAUUUUUUACAUGCCAUAUGGCAUCAUCUGUAAACAUCAAUUAUUCAAACAUACUUGAAACUACAUGUGUCCCCCCUGUGAAAAAGACAGGGAAGUCAAGUGCAUUAUAACAUGAUACAUUUGUAUAUGCACAGAGUUUACAUAUCAUGUGACAUCUAAUAUUAUUAUAAUAAACCAAACCAUGUCAUGAAAAUUACUGCUCCGCUUAAUGUAGUUCAACAUAUUUUUUAUAAAGUCCAUUCUUAUUAGCAUGUUUAAAUGGAAAUAGAUGUAAACUUUUUAAUGUGUUGAGGUAAACUUAUGGGUGAUUUAUCGUUUAGAUAUUUAUACUGGCCUUGGUUAAAAUAUUAAUGCAUGUCUGUAUAUUUUACCACAACAUGCUCAAAACUGAUAUCUGUUGCUUAAAUAAAAUGCUAAUUUAUAAUAUUCUUUAAGUUAACAUAAUCAUUCCAGUUUUUAUUACAAUUAUAUAAUAUGAUAUAUUUAUAUAUACUAUAUGUACAUGUAUAUGAUUAUAAAGUAAUGAAUUUGGUGCAUAAAUGACUAAACUGUCCAUACAUUUUAAGUAAUGAAAUAUUCUUGUAGAUAUUUAUUACUGUUUACCACAUUAUUAUCACUGUAUCUCUGCUUAUAAGUACUCAUUAUAUCUUUUCUGGGGAAAAAAUGUUUGUUUGUUUGUUUGUUUGUUUUAAAUGGCUAUUUGUUUUAAAUGGCUACAACUUACAGGAACUCAACUGAGGUCUUACAGCCUAAAAUCAUAAAUUUUGAAAGUCUUUCAUCAAUCAACUGGAAGAAAUGUAUCACAUUUGGAUGUUCUCAUGAAAUACUACUGAAAAACAAAAUGUUGAUGGAGUUUAGGGAUUUAGUAUUACAUAUACUCGUAUAUGAUGUACAAUAAUAGUUUGUUCUACUUCUAGAUCACUUAAUUACAUGCUAUAUAAAUUACGUAAUAUAAGAUCACGGAUCUUACACUUGCCAUCAACAUCCAUAUAUAACUAUUUUGUGUUUUGUUUUUCAUGUAUGAUACUACAUGAUACCAACAUGAUUCUUUAUGUUAUUAUUCCAUUAUAAACCAAAUCACUUUAAUUUAAUUCCUAAUUGACUUGAUAAAUUGCCGUUAGAGUUACAACUGUUAAUAUUUUGCUUUCAAACAUUUAUAUUCUUUGUUUUUAUAGUUACAUUAUUAAAUUGUUAAAGAGUUUUGUUUUUCCUUACUUUUGCUUAUGUCUGUGAUUUUACUAACAUUCCAAUUUUAUACUUACUGUAAUAAUUUAUAUAUAUCCAAAAAAUGACUGCUGCUGUGCAAUGUACUGUAUUAUUUUCAUAAUAAACAAAACUAUAACAUAA